CACUGGAUGGCAUGUCGCGACGUCGUAACGAAGAAGAUCGCGAGCAUGAGACCAGCAGAGCUUUCCGCCUGUCGAGGCCCUGCUGUCGUGCUGAGUGCUGCCAACUUGCGAGUGCCGAGGCAACGUAGCCCAGAGAAGGAGUUAUGGUUGCAGCUGUUCGUGGCUUGCGGCAUUCUUUCCACAAUUCCUCUUCACUUGAUGUGGUACCGCGCGUCCAAGUCAAGUCGCCGCGAUAAAAGAUCGGCGGACGGCGUCACCUCUGUGUUUGGAAGCAGGGAUUCCUCCCUUCGCACAUAGAAGUCCACGCGCGGAGGUUUUGUAUCCUCGCUAGAUUUUGGCAGUUGGCACGGCGGGGGUAGAUAGGCAAGGGCGUGAAGCAAAGUUCAGCGACGAGCGGAGCCCCUCGAGCUCGGAAGCCAGCACUGCAAAGUGCACCUGAUAAAGUCGCGAGAGACAGGCAGCGUGAUGUGCAUGAGAAAGAUUGGCCACACAGGGCGCUGAUUGGCUGAUCCGAAAAGGCGUAGGGAAGGCAAAAGUAUCUUGCCAAGAGUUCAGUUCACCAGGGCCAGUUCACCACUCGCAGCGAUUUGUCUCCAGCCGCUCUGCGCAGCAAAGCUCACUACGGGCCGUAGGUCUGACGCAGUUCGUGAAGGAAGCUGCUCAGCAAGCUGCUGAGCUGCUGAAGCCGCGAAUCCGUUCUCUUCUGGUCACCACACGCGCGCGUUGAAUCAACGUGCUGUAUACAUGUAACAUGUAAUAAAGCUCUUUUUUUCGCAGGUGGGAUUGAUUCUCGGGCUGUGAAGGUAGGAUGCACCCCCAUGGAUCGCCGCCUUGAUGCGUGGCUCUUCUUCUGCUUGUCGAUCGCUCGAGGUAGCGUGGCAAGCAGGCAUCCCUACAACACGACACAGAGCUCCUGAGAGUGUAGAGCAGUCCACCCUCGCUAAUAAAAAGCCAGCGUAUCCGAUCUAAGUUUAGAUGGCGCUAUUUGUGCUGAAUCUAGCGCAAGUGCUUGCUUGCCAGCAGGAUGAAAAGCGCUACACACGAGUAGUUUAUUGACAUGGUGGACAAGUCGGAGCUGGUUGCGUACGAGCGCGAGAAGCGCCUGUACAAGGACGCCUACGUGGAGAACUUCCGCUCAGUGCGCUACUUCCCGUCACUGGCCACCAUCGGCGCCGGACGGACGGACGGUGACAGCAUCGUCUUGGUGCAGGAGCCGCAGGUCCCGGACGCCGAUUGCACGCCGCCGAAAGACGUGCGAUCCAGGCUCGACGAUGUCGCGAGCCGCCUCAUCCCGCCAGGCUCGCUCGAGGAGAUCUUCGACACGACGCUGCCGCUGACGACGUUCCGGUCUGCCAUUAUGUGCAAGCAUUCCAAAGCUCGCCAAGAACGGCGUGCAGCCGAAGCCGCCUCUGGCGCAGGUUCUGCUUCCAAGGCCGACCUGGUAACGGCAGCCUGCCGAUACAAAGGUUACAGCAAAACGGUGCGACUACAUACCUUGACUGCAUGUAGAUUCAGCCCUAUCCAAUCCUCUGCUUAUCUUCCCACUAAAAGCGUUGCAUUGGACUCAUGCAUGCACACGAUCGACAGCCAGGCGUGUUCAAGCCUACCAGCGUUGCGGAGGCCAAGAGUGCCAUUCAGCGCAAGGUCACAUACGACGGACAACCGUUCCAGGACAAACCGCGCUCCAUGCGAUCGGUACGACGACGCAACUGCGACGUGGAUUGCAAUCUGUGGAGCUUUUUUCAAUAGAGCUAACAUCGUUCGUGUGCGCGAUCUUUUCUGCAGGUCACGCCGCGCACACUGCGCGGCACAGACGCGCCGCCACCGUGGGCCACCAACAACCCCACGAAUGCUCGCAAAGAGAUUUGCGGCCGAACCUACUUCAACGUGCCGCCCGAGGGUUCCAUUAAGGCCGACCGCAAGUACACGCAGGAGUUCAUCCGCCUUAGCAUGGAGGCCUACCACGCCGGUCGCCGUCACGUUGCCACGGACGACAAGAGAGAUUCGCGCUAGAUACUUUCUGCUACAGUAGAUACUUUUUGGCCAUCGGAACUGUAUUUUUUUCUCAUCGUAUAGUACCACGGUUGGUCCACCCCACAACAACAAACUUGAUCUCCCAGAAGCGUUGGCAGCACUCGUUCGUUAGACCAGAACGGAUUCCACACAAGAUACAAGCUACCCGCUCGCUCAGUCAGAUCGAUCAGCGCAGUCUUGCGCGAGGAGCAGGUGAGCUCAAUGCCGUCUCAGAGACGACUGCUGCAACUUUCCAAAUUUCGAACCAAAAAAGAUAGUGAGAAAAAUAGAACCUAAAGUGAAUACACCCGAA